ACAGCGGAAAUGUUUACUUGCCCCAAGGCGCACGGAGAUGACGUAAAGUAGGUGGUUGGCUCGUUAUUCACACGUCAUAACAGUUUGACUUGAACCGACAGCAUGUUGUCCAUUAACACACGGCUGAAAACGCGUUUUUAAACACUGACAUCUAAAGUCAAUGGGUUAAUUAUUUAUGUUCGUAGCCAUAGUAGCUACUUCUUUGAAAGACGAAAUGGCUUUGGCAGGUACAUGCGGCAAGUCAGUCCUUUCUGUGAAACGCAAGAUUUUGUAUUCUUUUAGGAAGACCCGUCUGUUCUUUUCAACUAAUGACACCAUUUUAGCCGACCUGGGGAAACCACCAUCAAAGAAACGGUGGAGAAAAAAUCCCAAGAAACCUCCCUGGACUGAUGACCUGUCCUGGGAGGAAAGGCUGGCUGAUGCGGUCACCCCUCUGUGGAGGCUGAGCUAUGAUGAGCAACUUGAGCUCAAGCAAAAUCAUCAGGAAAGGAUACUGUCUCAGCUCUCCGGGUAUCUAUCAGGCAGCUUCCAGUCGCAGUCCUUAUCACCUAUGAGAGGUAAACUCAGCUUCCCUGUCCUGCCUAUUCUGCCAUCGCCAGUUAGGGAUGGCUACCGCAACAAGUCUACAUUUUCUGUCAACAGGGGAGUGGAUGGAAAUCCAAAGACAGUUGGAUUUUACGUGGGCACAGGCAGGGCAGGGAACAUUGUCUGCGUCAAUGGAGACCACCUGCUCAACAUGCCGGAGAAACAUAAACUAGUAGCCAGAUGCUACCAGGACUUCAUCCGCCUCUCUUCCCUGGAACCCUGCCUGCUGUUCCACACUGGGGGUCACUGGAGAGAGGUCACAGUGAGGACCAACACAGAGGGCCACACCAUGGCUAUCGUGCACUUUCAUCCCCAGACACUCACCCCAGAGGAGGUUGCGGUCCAUAAGGCCGACCUGGUGGAUUACUUCAAGCGGGGCCCUGGAUCGGUCUGCCAGCUGGACUCACUGUUCUUCCAGGAGAGCAACAUGACUCGCUGCACUCAUGAGGAAUCCCCUUACCAACUCUUGCAUGGUCAGCCACACAUAUACGAGGAGGUGCUGGGCUUCAAGUUCCGCAUCUCUGCUGAUGCCUUUUUUCAGGUGAACCAGGCUGCUGCUGAGGUGCUCUAUGGCACAGUGAGAGACCUGUGCGUCCCAAACACCGAGGGAGGUGGAGGAAGAACGAAAGGCGGUGGUACUUUUCUAGAUGUGUGCUGUGGGACAGGUGCUAUUGGCAUUACUAUAUCCCCCAGAGUGGACAGAAUUAUUGGUAUAGAGCUCAUAGAGCAGGCAGUAGAAGAUGCCAGACACAAUGCAGCUCUCAAUAAUGUACUGAACUGUGAGUUUAUCCCUGGGAAGGCCGAGGUGGUGCUCCCUGGCCUCUUGUCUAAUUUGAGCUCUGCCGGUGGAGGCCUUACAGCUGUGGUAAACCCUGCUCGGGCUGGCAUGCACCACAAAGUGGUGCGAGCUUUACGAAACCAGCCUUCUAUCCGCCGUCUGGUCUAUGUUUCCUGUAAGCCAGACGGCGAGGCUAUGAGGAACUUCAGGGAGCUUUGUUGUGCACCCGACCUGCAGAAAAAACUCACAGGAGAAGCGUUCUCUCCAACUCUGGCUGUGCCAGUGGACAUGUUCCCACAUACUCCUCACUGUGAACUGGUUCUACUCUUUGAGAGGUAGCAAAUAUUCUUUUGUUAAAAGGUGGCCUCGAACCCUUCACCAACAACACUGGUUGCUUUAGAAAGGUAACAGGGAGUUGAGUGAUGAUGUAUAUAUGCUAGAUGAUAAUGGAAAUGUUUGUAACCACCUACAGUAAUAUUACACCUACAAAGAUGUUUUGACUUUUUUUCUUGAUUAGACCUCCCUUCAUGAUUGUGUGGUAGCACUGCAACAAAUGAUUAUUUUGAUUAUCGAUUAAAUCUGUCAGUUAUUUUUUGAUUUGUCU